GGAUAUUUCGUAAAAUAUUUGACUAGAGAUAUUUCUUCACUAAACUUUACAAUUUUAUAUUAAUACUAAACAUAAAAUGAUCAGAGACAGACUGAGUGAACUCAAAGAGAUUAAUGAUUCGGAUGAAAUAAUUGAAAUCGAAGUAAAUCCAGCACAAGACGAAGAAUUAUUUAAAAUCUUGAAUGAGAUUCUUGAGGAAACACACAAAGCCCAAAAUGAGCUUCGUGAAAUCAUUCAAAGACAUGACAUGCUUUCAAAUCUGGAAAAAUCUCUUCAAGAAGUUUACGAGAUGUUUGUUCAAAUAUCAACACUUGUAAUGGAACAAGGAUCGUUAAUUCAAGUGAUUGAAUAUGAGACAGAAAAUGCUCUUCAAAAUGUAGAUCAAGGAGCUGAUCAACUAGAAAAAGCAAGGGAACUGCAAAUUAAAGCAAUGAAAAAGAAAACUUGUAUUCUAGUAUGGUUAUCAAUUAUUUUAGGAGUGUUGAUUAUAAUUCUUCUAAUUACUUAA